AAGUAUGAACCAGUGCUGAUACAGUACUACAAAUCGUUCUCGCACAAUGCAGAUGCUACUAAGUCACGGAGUAGGUCCCAUCUGCCUAUCUACCUGCACAUGUGGUAAACAUAAGGUCACACCAGGCAUUGUUUCCGGGGAGCCUCCUAUGACACCCCUAUGACGUACACCAACCGCAUCAAACCACACGGAUGCGAAAACAAGCCUCAGCUGAUCAGAAUCUCAACACAUGUCUUGUACAUUGCAACAGCUCCAGUGAAACAAUUAGCAACCGGCUCACUUACACGUUGGCAAUAGAACAAACAUGGCCACACCAUCAGAUUACCCUCCAUCAUACGAACAAGCGGUUAAGGGCGGCCCCGACGCGCUCCCUCAUGAACAACGCAACGGCAUCCCGCUGCGCGCACGGCGCAGCAUGGAAGACGAGUUGCGCCCGCUCCCGCAAGGCUGGGUGCGCGAGUAUGACCCAGAAACGCAGCACCAGUUCUUCGUCGACACCAUGGCCUCGCCGCCGCGCUCCAUCUGGCACCACCCCUACGACGACGACGUGUACCUCGCCUCGCUCCCGCCUCAGGAGCACGAGACCAUCCUCUCCAAUUACUCUGCGUCUCACCGCAGGCCUAGCUGCGCCGACAUUGUCGCCGAGGACACGGACGACGUCGAUUCCGACGCAGAAUCAACCCAUUCCAACAAAAGCAAGGGUGACCGAAUCAAAUCCCUUGGCCGCCGACUCAAAGACCACCUGACGGGCACAACACACGAGCAGCGCGCGGCCGACCGCGCCCGCCGCGCCGAGGCCGAGAGGGAGCUCUACCGGCAGCACCGCGUGAUGCGCCAGGCCAUGCUCGAGGCCAUGCGCACGGGUCGGCCGCAGCCGCUCGGGCGCGACGAGAACGGGACGCAGUUGUUUCUCGAGCCGCCGGGGCAUACCUUCCCGGGCGUUGCGCGGGUCCGGAGGCUCAGUCCGUAUCUUAGUGAGGUUGUGUACGAAUCAGAUGAUGGCUCGGCGGAUGGAAGAAGCAGCAGCAGCAGGCCUGGGCCGCCGGGGCGGUAUCUGAGACCGGAGGGGGAUAUGUAUGGCAUGGGGUAUGGUGCGUAUGGGUGUGGUAGGUUUGCUGGCGGGCGCUGGGAUCGACCCGGGGAUCCGUACAGACGGGUAGAGGGGAGGGGGUACGGAGGAGGGCUGGGGUUUCCGCUUAUGAUGCCGCUUGUUGGAGGUAUGAUGCUUGGAGGGAUGAUGGGGUCCGUGUUUUGA